GCAGUAACACCUUGACCACGUUGCUUGAAGAAACUGAUAAAAGCGCUGUCAUUCUUCUGUCUUCUUGGAUCAUAACAUCAUCAAGGAGGAAGCAACUCUCGAUCUUGUAACUCCACUCAGCUUGGGUUGGUGUACCUUGUGGUGGUGGAGUUUUUUGCAAGUUGGAGAUGAGUCAGAGGGGUUUAAUAUAUAGCUUUGUUGCCAAAGGAACUGUUGUUUUAGCGGAGCACACUCAAUAUACGGGAAAUUUCAGUACCAUUGCUGUUCAGUGCCUACAGAAGCUGCCUUCAAACAGCAGCAAAUACACAUAUUCAUGUGAUGGUCACACGUUUAACUUCCUCUUAGACAAUGGAUUUGUUUUCCUUGUUGUUGCAGAUGAAUCCGUUGGAAGGAGUGUUCCUUUUAUAUUUCUUGAACGGGUGAAAGAGGACUUUAAGAAGCGUUAUGGUGCUAGCAUUAAGAAUGACAGUGCCCAUCCACUUGAUGAUGAUGAUGACGAGGAUGAUGAUUUAUUUGAAGACAGAUUUAAAAUUGCAUAUCAUCUUGAUAGAGAAUUUGGACCAACGCUCAAGGAACAUAUGCAGUAUUGCAUGAACCAUCCAGAAGAAAUAAGUAAACUAUCAAAAUUGAAGACUCAAAUAACUGAGGUCAAGGGGAUAAUGAUGGACAAUAUUGAAAAGGUUUUGGAUCGUGGAGAGAAGAUUGAACUGCUGGUGGACAAAACAGAAAACUUGCAGUUUCAAGCUGACAGCUUCCAGAGGCAGGGCAGGCAGCUGAGGAGGAAGAUGUGGCUGCAAAAUCUCCAAAUGAAACUGAUGGUGGGAGGAGGAAUCCUUAUUUUGAUUAUAUUUCUGUGGGUUGUUGCUUGUGGGGGUUUCAAAUGUUGAUGGAGCUAUAAAAAAACUCAGGUCUGUAUUAGGCAAGAGAUGCACAAAAUGAUAUACUACGUGUACAUGAAAUUUGGGACGGCAAUUUAUGGUUACUGUCAUAGACUGUAAUUAAGCUUUGUGGUAAGCUGCUAGUUACUUUGAACCAAGUUCUUACUUUAAUGCUAUAAUCAAUGUCUUUAAAUACUUUUUUUAGCAUUUGUGGAAUUUAUGAUGUGCUUGAGAGG